AGUACAGAACAACUGAAACAAACGCACUGGGAAAUAGUUAUAUGAGCAUGAGGAGAAUAGGUGUUAAAAAUGUAGCGUUUUACAGGUUAUAAUUUGUCUCGAAACGCCGCGAGGCAGGUGAAGCUAACAGCAUGCGUAGCUAGCAGUGGGGGUAACUUGACAACAAGACGCUGCGACGCCCCUCAAACUCGUAAAAAGAAAAUAUUUGGGGAUCAGUUUGUGAUGACCACUAAAGGAUUUCUCCUGUUCGUGCCAAACCCAUCGUGCUGUUUAACUCCAGUGAACAGAUCUGGAUUUCUGCCCAGUCCUUCCCUCCUCCAUGUGAAAUGACCUGAUCCGAGUUCACUGGUUCCAGUAUCUAAUGACAAUGGCCAGAAUAGCCUGGUAUCAAGAGAAGAUCGGGGCCUAUGAUCAACAAGUCUGGGAGAAAUCUCUGGAAAAGGCGGACCUAAAUGGUUUGGAGAGCAAACCAAAGAGGACGGGUUACAUCAAAUCAGACCUCAUCGAUGUCGACUUGGUUAGAGGAUCAACGUUCAGCAAAGCGAAACCAGAGAGCCCAUGGACGGCUCUGACUCGAAAGGGUUUGGUCAGAGUGCUGCUCUUUCCGUUCUUCUUCCAGUGGUGGAUCCAGGUGACCUCCAAGCCCAUCUCCACCUGCAUCCUUGUGCUCUACUUCAUGCAAGUGGCAGCGGUGGUGCUUUACUUGGAGGUCCCCGGGGCAAGUGCCAGCGAGGUGUUCGGGCCCAUGUGUCUGAUGCUGCUGCUGGGCACCGUGCACUGCCAGAUUGUGUCGACAGAGUCCAGCCGGUGGCCCUCAGGCAGUCCAGCUGCCAGCAGCACCACCAGCCCUGCGCGCAGGAGGAGGCCGAGGAAGGGCAGAGGGGUGAAGAAAUCAGAGGGGAAGAACGAGAGCGAGGACGCGCAGCAGCAGUUCAGCGAAAGCCAGCCGUUAUACAGCAACGAGGAGAGAAGGAGUAAAAGAAAUUCCGGGUUUCGGGCGUCCGACGAGCUCUCCAGUGAGGAAGAGGAAGGCGUUCAACCGAUCGAAGUAAUUCUACCUGCACCGCAUCACAAGGGGCACCCCACUACAGCCAGGCCGACGUUUGCAACAGUGUCGUCGGUUAGGAAGAGAAAACUAAAGUCAAACCUCAAACCUCCACUGAGACCUCAGGACGGGAACGGCGCCUCCGUUAUGGUGAAGCCUCUUGAGGUGGAGCGGCUCAGGCCGAACGUCGGCUCUCGCCCCGCCUCAGAUACUGACGACACAUUGUGGGAGGAGCUUCUCCAGGGCCCUGACUCCGCCUCCACAGGAAGCAGCGACAGCGAGGCGAACGGGAGGUACAACGCUGGGAUGGGCCCCUCACAAACCACCCCUCAGAGCAGCGACGACGAAAACCUCCAAGGAAUCACCCGAUGCCAGCUGUCUUGGCUCCAGGCGUGUCACCCAUCCAAGGACCGUGUCAGCGCCAUCAUUUGGGAGCAGGGCGAGUGUAAGAAAGCAGACAUGUCAGUUCUCGAGAUCAGCGGCAUCAUCCUCACACAGUCAAACCGGGCGACUCUCAUCUCCAGUGCCUGUGUUUCUCAUCGCCAGGUGAAGUUGGUGGAGCAGGGUUUGGGUUACCUUGCGCUCGGCGGCCUUAUGACCGCGACCCUGGCGCUGCUUCCCUUCGCCUUCCGCUUGGCUCAGCGUCUGGACAUGUCCAGCCUCGGCUCCCUGUCCGUGACGGAGCUGGCAGAAAUGGCGGUGGGGCCGCGUGAUGUCAGGGCCUACACUUUCUACUUCAUCACUACAGUGCAGAGGGUCUGCCUCACGGGGCUCUUCUUCUUCAUGAUGUGCGUGGCAGAGAGGACCUACAAACAGAGGCUCUUGUUUGCCAAGUACUUCAGCCACCUCACUUCAGCUCGCAAGGCCAAGAUAUCUGAGAUCCCUCAUUUCAGACUGAAGAAAGUGCAGAACAUAAAGAUGUGGUUGUCGCUUCGCUCUUUCCUCCGGAGACGAGGGCCGCAGCGCUCCGUUGAUGUCAUCGUCUCCUCUAUUUUCCUUUUAGCACUUUCCAUUUCGUUCAUCAUUUGUGCCCAGCUCCUGCACUCGCACAAGACAUUCCUGGAGUCUAUGACAAACUGGGAGCUCUUAGUGUGGGGCUCCUCCCUCAUCCUCUUUCUGUUGCGACUGGCCACGCUGGGCUCAAAGACCAACUGCAAAUACUCCAACUCCUCUGUGCUUCUCACCGAGCAGAUCAAUUUGUAUCUAAAGAUGGAGAAAAAGCCCAGUAAGAAAGAGGAACUCAACAUAGUGAACAAUGUUUUGAAACUGGCUACAAAACUGAUGAAGGAGCUGGAUACUCCAUUCAGACUUCUGGGUCUGACAGUGAACCCCCUCAUCUAUAACAUCACCAGAGUUGUCAUCCUGUCUGCUUUGUCUGCUGUGGUCAGCGACCUGCUCGGUUUCAACAUCAGACUGUGGAAAAUCAAGCCCUAAUGUGAAAGCAACUAACUACUACUUACAGUCGAACACUGGAGAGCAAGAAAACUCUGCUGCAGACCGCCUCUCACCGACGGAAGAAAAAAAAAAAGUGUGCAAACCUACUGACAGUAUAUUUAGUUGUCCGUGCCUUCCAGAUGAAACUUCCGUCUGCGUUUCAUCAGUCAUUCACAGGCCUGAGAUGCUCUGACAAUCGCUCACAUGCCGCUGCUGGCUGCUCAGCUGAUCUGGCAUACCACAGUUUCCAUCAGCCGUGCCACAAACCCAGUGCCUCACUUCUGACCCCUGAAUGUUCUUCUGGUUAAAAAUAGCGGCAAGUUGACUUCAUGCUUCUGUGGCAUCCGGAUUGACUAAGAUAUCUUGUACAGGUGUGUGGAUACAAGCUGACCUGUAAAUGAGUUGUAUGCAGAUAAUGUACAUUGUGUGUUCAGUGUGAUGUUUCCGUCAGUAUAGUACAAAAAGACAGUAAAAAGAAGGAGCAUGCUACCGGAAGCCAGUACAUCAAAAUGGGCGGCCACGUGUGUUGAAAGGACUUAUAAUGUGGCUCCAGUUUGAUUCCAACUUUUUGUACUACUAUUUAAGGAGGGACAUUGUGAUUUGUUUGUGCUUUAUUUAUUCGGGGGAUCUGUUUUAGCUCUUGUUAUGGUACCUGUAAAUGGCUCUUGGACCACUAUCUGCCUUUUUGUAUUGAGGACCACUGUUUAAUAAAAUAACUAUGCAAAUAAGCUGGUUAUGCUUAAAUAAAAUGUUUGACAGAGGUGAAUAAAGUUUUUUCCCAUCCA